CCGAACCGUGAUGGUCAUUUAUUGAAUCAUUCAGUUUUAUGCUGCAAUAAUCAAGGUUGACUUCUAGUGACUUUUUUUUUCAGCAGCAUGAAGCUUCACUCUUUGGAAUAUAUGUGGUUUAUCCAAAUGCAUGAAAGGAUCCCAAUACUGCACAUACGUCAGUACCAUCAUGCAGUUGAGUAAACAUUUUAGAAAUUGCACCAAUGACUGGAAAAGCCAUGACUGCACCCACCACAAAGACCCUAGCUAGGACUGUCUGCACAUUUUACAAGCUGGUGUUCGUGAAUUACUUGACUUUACUGCUGAGCUUCCACCCAGUGUUGGUGUCCUUUACAUUUUUUUAAAAUUCAUGUGGUAUAUGUGUGAAUAUGCAAGCGUUAAUGACAUAUUGAUUCAAGUCAUAUUGCUUAUUUAAGGGUCUUCAGGGAUUUUGAAGGACCAUUUUCCCAUCACUAUCGUGCAAAAUAUUUAACUUAAUUUGAGGCUCAGAGUGAUGUUUCACUACCUGAAAUGUACGCAUUUUCACAUUUUUUACCCCCCACUGGUAUACUUUAAUCUAGAACGUAAGGUUUGCUACCUCUUGGUUAUGUAAACUUGAUUCAAUCAAACCAUUAUAGUAAUACUGUUUAUUCACAUUAAUUUGCUCCAACUUGUCGUAUCGCAUGACUUUAAAUGUUUUUACUCGCAUUGUUUAUGUGCAUGUUUGUGAGGCCACGGUCCCCGCCCCCCUGGGCUGACCAGGUGUUAAUCAUUUAACUAUUAACUAAUCCCCCUAGCCGUGUGCGGCAUGAAUAACAGGUGAGCCUUUUUUUUUGUUUUUACUAAUAUCAACACUAUCGUAGUCAUACUACUUUUUUAAAGCUCGUAUCCAGCGUUGCUCAUCUUUUUUUCCUUCUUGUUUUUAUAUCUUGUGCCAGGAGAAGGCGCGAGCGAGGAAGUUGGCGAGGUUGCCAUGAGUGUUUGAUUUAGUUCACCAGAGGCUGAACACGCACAGUGGAGCUCUGUCAAGCACAACAAGAGAAAGGUUCCUACCAUGGACAGUAUGUUUGACCACCUCGCCAAAACCGAGUUUAUCAGCGUCUUUGUUGGCAACCCGAGGCUCCACAAACAAGGCCCCUGGCGCGCGCACGUCGACUACGAAAUCUGCCUUCACACGAACAGCAUGUGUUUUCGCAAGAAGGCCUCGACGGUCAGGCGACGUUACAGAGAAUUUGUUUGGCUGCGACGUUCCCUGGAGCAAAACGCUCUGAUCAUAGAAAUCCCCAAGUUGCCCCCGUGGAAUCCUUUCUUCAGCUUGAGGAACGUCGAGCAGGUCCGACAAAGGAUGAAGGGCCUGCAGGAGUUUUUAGCGACCGUUCUCCACACGCCGCUGCUGUUGUCGGACAGUCGACUCCAUCUGUUCCUCCAGUCUGACCUAAGCGUGAAAAAGAUGCAGAGGUGCGCCCUGGGCAAGACCAGGUACACGGUGGCGGAGGCCAUCCAGAGGUUCGACGGCGUCCGCGUGACCCCGUCGGAGGACGACAAGGCCUCGUGCGACUCGGACUGUGAGAGCACCUCCUCGUCGGGCUUGGGCCGAAGCGUGGACAGCACCAUCCACGGGAGCUCCCUCCACUUGUUCGAACCUUCCGACGGAGAUGCGGAAUCGUGCGGUUGUCCGCAAAACGACUCGGUCCAACGCCGAGCGAGCUUCAACGGCGACGGACAAGAGAGUGAAUUCUUUCGUUAACCGCCAAAAACUGUUCCCUUCCACCCCCCCCCCCCGUUUCUAUUUAAAAAAAAAAUAAUAAUAAUAAUCCUUCGUGUUUGUUUAAUGCCGUUAAUUUCAUUGUGUGUACUAAAAGAAUAUUUUGUUUUAAAAAGAAAAUGACAGUAAAUCUACAUUUCAGAAUUCUUAAUUGUAUCCCCAUGUUUAGCGUUUUAGCUCCGAGGUCGGUCGGUCGGGCGCGUUUUGGGAAGGGCGGAGUUUUUAGAGAAAAAUUUGACGCUACUUUUUUUUUUUUAUUAUGGUCUGUUUAAAGGAUGAAUAAACUGUUUUUUGAAGAAAA